GUGCAAUUAUAAUGACAUUUUUGAUUACAAAGGCCCCUUUUUUAAAGAGACAGUGACAGCGAGUAUUAUAAUAUACUAGCUGUUAAUCCGUGGAAAAAUCCACGGGGUCGCUCGUCCUUUAUAUAUCGCAUUUUGUGUUUCUGUAACAGGACGCGGUUUCGAGGACAGACAGACAAAAUACGGCUAUUAUUAAAGAGAAAUGUAAGUAAAUAUUUGUUGUCGUCCACAUACCUUUCGCUUACAUCGAAACUUCUUUUAAAAGUAAAACAAACACCAAUUAUUUGUUGUUUAAUUUUUAUACCUUAUAUGAAACUUCAGACAUGCACAUUUUUCGGGAAUAGCAUUCUGUAAAUAGACUCCAACAACUGGUUAAAAUAUACUCAAGAUUUAAUAUGUUAUAAACUUGCAUCAAGAGACAUAAUCGUAACACUGUAAGACAAUGGCUGAUGAUUUUUCCUUGAGACCAACUGAAAAAAUGGCGCAGCUAAGUGAGUUACAAAAACUGGAUCAAGUCACGGCAAGUUUUAAUGGUGAUGUUGUAUUCAUCGACACAACUGAUGGGAUUAAGAACGCAGUGGCAGAAUUGAAGAAACAUACUGAGCUUUCUUUAGAUUGUGAAGGCGUGCGUCUUGGGAGGGAUGGAAAAUUAAUGCUACUGCAGCUCGGAGCAAAAAAAGACACGAUCUACCUCUUCGAUGUUUUGAAACUUGGCAAAGAGAUAUUUGAACUUGGUAUCAAGGACAUACUGGAAAGUCCGAAUAUUGUUAAAUACGUUUUCGACUGCCGUAAAGAUUCAACAUCUUUGUGGUUGGAAUAUCAGGUCAAACUAACCAAUGUUUUGGACAUGCAACUUUUGGAGUAUUUGUGUAGACGUAAAGCAGGAACUUCGUUUCCAAGUCCCAGAAGGCCAUGGCAUCACCGAUUACCAGUGGUUAGAGGUAUGAAUGAUACUGUGUCAAAGUAUGUUUGUUUGGAAAAGCUGGACAUUGGAUCCAUUUUUUUCUCCUCCGUCAAGACAGCCGGUCAAAAUUUGAUGAACACAGAAAGAACCAUUUGGCGUUAUCGUCCUAUCAGUAAUGGUCUAAAGAUAUACGCAGCAUUGGAUAUCGUGAUGACAUGGGCUAUUGUAGAUGGUUUGCAAAGAUUUAAUAAAUUGGAAGGUGUUACCAGAGAAAGGAUUAAAGUAGCGUCCGAGCGGUACACUGCUGUAAGGAGAGAUGCGGGACAUAUUGACCAACUUUUUAUCAACACACCUCUGUUGUUAAGCUAUAUCAUUCCUAAUGUGGAUGAUGAUCAAAUUGUUCCAUUCCCUACAGGCGGUCGUAAAUGUCCUGGAUGUCAACGUAAAAUGCCUAAUCAACAUUUCAAGACAAAUCUAUGCAAUGAUUGCAUUGAAAUUAAAAGAGUCAGCAAGCAUCGACACUAAUUUUUUAAAAGAAUUAAAGCAAAUCUGUUUCACUUUAAAUUUAGCGUGAAGAACUAAUCAAGUUGGAUGUAUAGUAUAUUUUUAUGCUUUGUUCAUUUGCUCAUUUGUUAUUUCUUUAACCUUUUUUAGGUUAAGGGUGGAUAAGAAUGAGAUUUUUAGUUUGUAAUUUGGGAUUUCUUCAGAGGAUUUAUUUUAAAUUUGCAUAAGCAGAGUUUUAUUCUAGAUUACUUUGGUUAGCAGACGCCAUUUUUGUUGAACUUUUUCUUCGUUACAAUAAAUAAAAUUAUGGUUAUUUUACUACUACGGGAUCUUUUAAAUUAUUUAUUUUAAUUUUAUCCCUUGUUAUAUCUUCUUCCCACCCAGGCACCCCGGUAAUAUUACGCUACCCAGGCGUAAAGACGUUUAUCUAGAUUUUUCUUGUAUUUUUUUGUAUUUUUCGGUUAUGAAGUGUUAUUACAGUUCCAAGCUGUAUACUUUUAAAUUUUAUGGUCUGUACACAUGCAAUCUUUGAAAGAAAGUGUUAUUUCUUCA